CCAUGGGCUCCGGCUCCUCCAGCUACCGGCCCAAGGCCAUCUACUUGGACAUCGAUGGCCGCAUCCAAAAGGUGGUCUUCAGCAAGUACUGCAACUCCAGCGACAUCAUGGACCUGUUCUGCAUCGCCACCGGCCUGCCUCGGAACACGACCAUCUCUCUCCUGACCACGGACGACACCAUGGUCUCCAUCGACCCCACCAUGCCCGCCAACUCAGAACGAACUCCCUACAAAGUGAGACCCGUGGCCAUCAAGCAACAUUCCGAGAAAGAAGAACUGAUGCAGACCAUGCUGGCCCAGGUGGCGGAGCAGUUCUCCAGGGCGUUCAAGAUCAACGAGCUGAAGGCUGAAGUUGCAAACCACCUGGCCACGCUAGAGAAGCGAGUCGAAUUGGAAGGCCUCAAGGUGGUGGAGAUUGAGAAAUGCAAACGCGAUAUUAGGAAGAUGAGGGAAGAGCUGGCAGCCAGAAGCAACAGGACCAACUGCCCCUGUAAAUACAGUUUCCUGGACAACCACAAGAGGCUGACACCCCGACGAGAUGUUCCACCUUAUCCCAAGUACCUGCUCUCCCCAGAGACCGUCGACGCACUCCGGAAGCCCACCUUUGAUGUCUGGCUCUGGGAGCCCAACGAGAUGCUGAGCUGCUUGGAGCACAUGUACCAUGACCUCGGCCUGGUCAGAGAUUUCAACAUCAACCCCAUCACCCUGAAGAGGUGGUUGCUCUGCGUCCACGACAACUAUAGGAACAACCCUUUCCAUAACUUCCGGCACUGCUUCUGUGUGACCCAGAUGAUGUACAGCAUGAUCUGGCUCUGUGGCCUCCAGGAGAAAUUUUCCCAAAUGGACAUCCUGACCCUGAUGACUGCGGCCAUCUGCCAUGAUUUGGACCAUCCUGGAUACAACAACACGUACCAGAUCAAUGCACGCACAGAGCUGGCCGUGCGCUACAAUGACAUCUCGCCCCUGGAGAACCAUCACUGCGCCGUGGCCUUCCAGAUCCUCGCCCAGCCGGAGUGCAACAUCCUCUCCAGUGUACAGCCAGACGGCUUCAAGCAGAUCAGACAGGGGAUAAUUACCCUGAUCUUGGCCACCGACAUGGCAAGGCAUGCAGAAAUCAUGGAUUCUUUCAAAGACAAAAUGGAGAGUUUUGACUACAGCAAUGAGGAGCACAUGAUCUUGUUGAAGAUGAUUUUGAUCAAGUGCUGUGAUAUCUCUAAUGAGGUCCGCCCGAUGGAGGUCGCCGAGCCUUGGGUGGACUGUUUAUUAGAAGAGUACUUUACGCAGAGUGACCGUGAGAAAUCAGAAGGUCUUCCUGUGGCCCCAUUCAUGGACCGAGACAAAGUGACCAAAGCUACAGCCCAGAUUGGAUUCAUCAAGUUUGUUCUGAUCCCAAUGUUUGAAACCGUCGCCAAGCUCUUCCCCGUGGUGGAGGACAGCAUGCUGCAGCCCCUGUGGGAGUCCAGGGACCAUUACGAGGAGCUGAAGCAAAGGGAGGAUGCUGUGCAGGAGCUGCAGACACAGACUGAGAGUCCGGCCGCGGGGAGCACCCCGCACUCGAGAGAAAAGAGCGGAGACGCGGGGAAAGCGGAAGACCUGUCCACCUGAGGGUGCUGUCGGCUCAGCCACGGCCAAGGCAAGCCAACGCUGGGCCAUCAUCAACCCAAAGCCAACCCUUCGCAUCUCUGUUCCUUGAGUGCCCAAGACAAAUCAGGAUGCCAGCCCAAACACAGCUGGUGGGUAACCCUGUGUCCAAAUUUAGCCUCACUUCUGACACCAACUACAAAGUCAGGAGGUCCCCAGACCACCCUCCGACGUACCACUGGAAGCAGGGGCACGGUCUGGGAAGGUCUCAAACACAAGGCUUCUCAUGUCCUCCCCUGGACACAGAAUCUCGUCAACAAGGCCUUUUUCCCAAGGUGCCUCGGGCACUCGGGUCUUUGCCCAACGGGCCCAUGGACAGAGUGGCCCUGGUGGGUGAGAUGGAGGCUAAGCAUGAGCUCGGCCACGUGGCCUUCCGCUCACCAAGGCUAACUUGGCGACGCCACCCUCAGUGUCCAUCAGCCAGCAGCAGAGACCAACACUGAGUCCAAGACCGGGGACCACUCUCUGGGGAGAUGAACCAGCAACCGGGUGGCAGGUGGACUGUGCAGGACCACUGCCAUCAGUGUUUGGUUCUCACUGGAUUAGACACUGACUCUGGAUAGGAAUUUGCCUUUCCUGCACACGGUGCUUCUGCUGAAACCACCAUUCGUGGAUUCACAGGAUGUCCUAGUGGGGUCACCACCAAAAUCGCUGUUAGCAGUGGAGGCUCAGUCCUUUGCACCAUCCCAAGACUCCUGCUGUGUGUGGAUGGCUCCACCCUGAGAUGCCAGGAGGCCAGCUCUGCUCUAAACAAAGACAUUCCUAUUGGGUUUGACAGGAGCCCUGCUGGUGGUGUUCUUCUGAACUGGGCUGUGAUCCACAAGGCCUGCAGUUUAAAAC